UGAAACAAGCCGGUGGAGCCGUGUUCUUGAAAGCCAUUUUUGGUGGAAGCAGUCACAAUCUGAUCAGCAGCUUGAUGAGAAGCCGAGAAGCCGCCCAUCAAUUCUAUUCUUUACGCGACUGCAUUCCUUCAUUUCUUAUUCGAGAAGAGUUAGUUUGUUGUCAAUCAAUGCUAGGAUCCCACAACACACACAUCAAUCAGAGAAGCAUUAGUAUUAUCUAUCUAACUAACAGUAACAGUAACAAUAGCCAUGUCGACGAGAAGCAUGAACGACAGCAGCAACCACAGCCAAGGUAGACGAAGUUCCUUUACCAUGAAUCCCAUGGUCUGGCGUCAGGCACGGACGGUCAAAAAGGCAGCGGGGCAAGUGGAUGAGUUCGUGACGGCCCUCACAGAGAAUGCUCCUUUUAUCGAACGACAGACUCCCAAUUCCACCAUUUCCGUGUGGCAACGCAGUGAAAUCCAAACUGGAAAACUUCUAGGAGAAGGAUCCUUUUCGCAAGUCUACGAAAUCACCGUCUUUCAGCCACACACUAGUGACGCGAAUAGCAAUAUCAAACCCCACGAUGCUGCGCAACGCACACAACUGGAACAGCACUUGUUUGAAGAACAACACAAGUAUGCGCUCAAACAACCCAAACGAGACAUGCUCCGCAAAAAGCAAGAUUUUAGCAAGGCCGUCAGUGAUUUAGUAGUGGAAGCGCAGUAUCUAUCGCGAUUCGAUCAUCCCAAUAUCUUGGCGUUGCGGGGAUUGCCCAUGGGAGGCACGGAAGCCUUUGAAAGUGGACGCUUUGAUUCCUACUUUUUAAUACUCGAUCGACUCACCGACAGUCUCGAACAGCGCAUUGAAAAGUGGAAAAAACAGAGUCCGACGCCCGAUCCGGCAUUGAUUCCGCGCAAAACCAACUAUGCACUCCAAAUUGCCAAUGCACUCUUGUAUUUGCAUCAACGGCGUAUCAUAUACCGAGAUUUGAAACCCGAAAACAUUGGCUUCCUUGGCAAGCAUCAAGCCCAAUUGUUCGAUUUUGGGCUCGUCCGAGAACUCCCCAAGGGCAAUGCCUACGACGACGAACAAUACAGCAUGUCGGGAGCGGGAUCCCAGUGGUACAUGGCCGUCGAAAUAUUCAUCACGGGCAAGUACAAUCUCAAAGCCGAUGUCUACAGUUGGGCCAUUACCACCUACGAAAUGCUCACCGAAAGUAAGGCGUUUGCCAACAUGCACAAAUUGCAACACGUCGCCAUGGUCUGCGUGCAAGGCAAACGACCCAAAUUGUCACUGCACAAGUUCCCACCCAAACUGGAAACGGUCAUUCGUGCGGCAUGGGGACAAUCCGUGUCGGCGCGUCCCAACAUGUUGGAGGUCGUGAGAGCGUUGGAAAAGAUAUUGCCCGAAUUGGGUGAUGAAGAUGCAUGUGUCUGGCCCACGGUCGAGCAGGACGAUGGCACGUACGCAAUGCCCAAGUCGCGACGUAAAAGUUUAUUGGCGGAAUCCAGUGACGACGAGGAUGAUGAUGACGAAUCGUUGGAUGCCUUUGAUACCACCUUGGAUGCCGAAAUCAUGAAGGAAAUGAAAGGCGGUUCGGCUGCUCGAGCACCAACCUACGGGGAUAUGGAAAUGCACGAAAAUGAAUACUCGCUCAGUUCCAUCAUGUAUGCGGAUCAUUGAUAACAAAUACAAUACAAAAAAGAGGCAGUUCCAUGACACGCCAACCCCAUCAUUGCUAGCAAGCAAGCAAGCGAUCUCGAAAAUGCAUACCGUUGUGUGAUUGCUUUACUUACUUACUUUUUCUAAGAAGCCUAAUGCAGCUAUAACAAAAAAUCUAUUCAU